UGCGUGCCAAGUCAGUGAUUGGAGGAGUGCCCACUUGGGGGCCGUCUUAGUGGAACCGUACUAACGCAGUAUCCAACUCGUAUCCGCAUCCGAUUCUUUUAGUGUUGCGCCCAGCAUGGAUUGUUACUCGUACGCGUACAUCUCCGAGCCCGUGGAGUUUAGGCAUGUGGAGGGCAAGGCCCUCGACUUCCGCAAGACGUUCGAUGUGCGGGGUCAUGGCACUGAUGAAAUGCUCCAGCUAUACUUAAGGAAGGCCAAUCUUCCCGACGACCUUGACCGUCUGCCGGCCAUACAGAGACGGGCCUAUGUCUAUGACAUAAUUAGGAGCCAUAAAGAGCCUGGUUAUUGGGUGCCGCCUUCCAUGCAAGUGAGUAGCAACGUCUUUGACAAUCCGCCACCUGCCGUCCGCCCACCGCCCGCAGCAGCCAGAGCCACGACCUACGCCGACAACGGCAGUCUGUACAGCAUGAAGAGCUCUUCCUCAUCGAACAGCUUGGACAGGUACGCUGGCGCACCGCCAGCCGCUGCCAUUGCGGGGCCAAGCUUCGCCACAAGCGUUCUUGUCAGCAGCAAGGGCUCCAAGUACGAGAUCAGUGGCCCCGUCAACUUUCAGCAUGUGUCUGGCGAUGUCACUCGAGAUCGCACGAGAAAUGCCUUCGACCUGAAUGCCGAUGCCAACGACAACGUCCUGCGCAAGUACAUGAUGGAGCGCGGCAUUACGGAAGCAGACAUUGCCGACAUGCGGCGCCAGGAUGUCGUCAAGAAGAUUGUCCAUUCGAACUUCACCUGGAUGCCGAAGAAACAGGAAAUUCAGGCCAAGCCGAAAGUGCAGGAACAGCAACAUCAACGGCCGCUCCUCUAUGCCACAAUUUCAACCAACAAUCAGAUCACUCCACCGCCAUCACCUCCGCCAACGCCACUGAUUUUGAAGCCGGGACCCACGCCGAGUUUCGCCAACUAUGCCGCGCUCACGUCACGCUUUGUGGAUAUCUCGGACAUGGAUAUGCCGCCGGUGGGGAGACCUACGACAGCUCAGACUCCAUUCCGACAGCAGGAGGUUGGGUCAGUUAUUCCCGUCCAGGUUCAGUCGCAGCCGCAUCAAGUGAACAGGCCGAAAGUGCCUCCGCCGCCAUCGGCCGUGACAGCUAACAAUACGUACGCGUAUCCGGCUGCCAUCGAUGCGCGACAAGUGCGGCCCUCUGCUCCUCCAAAGUCUGCGCCUGAGACGUACGCCACGAUUGCGCCACAAAGAAAAGCUGGCACGAUGCGCAUGCCGCCACCGGCUCCUCCGAAGCCAACUAUUGUGCCGAACACCAGCUCGAUGAUGUCUGUGCAAUAUGCACCAGUUUCCAAGCCGCCACCGCCUGCACCUCCAGCCAAACCAGCACCUUCGAUUAAGGCUCCAGCUGCCGCCUAUGUUCCUCCUCCACCACCGCAACACAAGCCAAGUCUAAAAGCAACAGCAGCAGUUGCAUCUGGCGCUGUGCCUCCGCCGCCACCGCCAAUGCCGGUUUCAGCUGCAUCUGGUGGGCCACCACCGCCGCCACCCAUGCCUUCUGCAGCAUUUGGGGCGCCGCCUCCGCCGCCAAUGCCGGCUUCCAGUGCGGCAGCUUCAAAAGCAAUCCAAAAGACAGAUCUGCCGAAGGCUGCACCCAGUGCAUCUGCGGGAGGAGACCGUGAUGCGUUCCUGGAGAGUAUACGGAACGGAGUAGCACUAAAGAAGGUUGAUAAAAAAGCAGCUACAAUAAGUGGCAUUAAGCCACGACCUGAACGAAAAGCGGCGCCACCAGCAAUGGAUUUCAUGAGUGAGCUAAAGCUAGGAUUAACGCUGAGACGAACUAAGAAUCCGGCAGACAAUCCAUAUUCAGAUGAGUCACAAGCAUGAUGGCGGUUACACGGCGCCACAUUUUACAGCACUGGACGAUUGUAUUCGACUAGCAACGAUUAUAUUCGAUUGCAAUGGAUAGAUAUCAUUUUAGAUUUUAAAUACAAAUAACCAUGACAAUUGCAUAUGAAACAUUUGUAAAUAAAUAUGUGUUGCAUGAUAAGGCA